CCCUGUGCAUUGUGGUCCGGCGGCGGGGGGCGAACAUGGCCGAGAAGCAGAAGCACGAUGGGCGGGUGAAGAUCGGCCACUACGUGCUGGGGGACACGCUGGGGGUCGGCACCUUCGGCAAAGUCAAGAUUGGUGAACACCAGCUGACAGGGCACAAAGUAGCAGUAAAAAUACUGAACAGACAGAAAAUCCGCAGCCUGGAUGUGGUUGGAAAGAUCAAACGAGAAAUUCAAAACCUUAAACUCUUCCGGCACCCUCACAUUAUCAAACUGUACCAGGUCAUCAGCACACCAACAGACUUCUUCAUGGUCAUGGAAUAUGUAUCUGGUGGGGAAUUAUUUGAUUACAUCUGUAAGCACGGACGUGUUGAAGAGGCAGAAGCUCGACGCCUUUUCCAGCAGAUUCUCUCGGCGGUGGAUUACUGCCACAGACACAUGGUUGUCCACCGAGACCUGAAACCAGAGAAUGUGCUGCUGGACGCACACAUGAAUGCAAAGAUAGCUGAUUUUGGAUUGUCCAACAUGAUGUCAGAUGGUGAAUUUCUACGCACCAGCUGUGGUUCCCCAAAUUAUGCAGCCCCUGAAGUAAUCUCUGGCAGGCUGUAUGCUGGCCCAGAGGUGGACAUCUGGAGCUGCGGUGUUAUCCUCUACGCCCUUCUCUGUGGCACUCUGCCUUUCGACGACGAACACGUCCCCACCCUCUUCAAGAAGAUUCGGGGAGGUGUGUUUUACAUCCCUGAAUACCUCAACCGCUCCGUUGCCACUCUCCUCAUGCACAUGCUGCAGGUUGACCCCCUCAAGCGAGCAACUAUCAAGGACAUCAGGGAACAUGAGUGGUUUAAGGAGGAGCUGCCCAGUUACCUGUUCCCAGAGGACCCUUCUUACGAUGCCACUGUCAUUGAUGAUGACGCGGUUCGGGAAGUGUGCGAGAAGUUUGAGUGCAUGGAGUCGGAGGUGAUGAACAGCCUGUACAGCGGUGACCCUCAGGACCAGCUGGCAGUGGCUUAUCACCUUGUCAUCGACAACAGGAGGAUCAUGAACCAGGCCAGCGAGUUCUACCUCGCCUCCAGCCCCCCCACCGGCUCCUUCAUGGACGACAGUGCCAUGCACAUCCCUCCCGGGGUGAAGCCGCACCCCGAGCGGAUGCCACCGUUGAUAGCGGACAGCCCCAAGGCACGGUGUCCUCUGGAUGCCCUCAACACCACAAAGCCAAAACCCCUGACUGUCAAAAAGGCCAAGUGGCACCUGGGAAUCCGCAGCCAGAGCAAACCCUAUGACAUUAUGGCCGAGGUGUACCGGGCUAUGAAACAGCUGGACUUUGAGUGGAAGGUGGUGAACGCCUACCACCUGAGGGUGCGCCGCAAGAACCCGGUGACGGGCAACUACGUGAAGAUGAGCCUGCAGCUCUACCAGGUGGACAACCGCAGCUAUCUCCUGGACUUCAAAAGCAUCGAUGAUGAGGUGAUGGAGCAGAGGUCAGGUUCUUCCACGCCGCAGCACUCCUGCUCUGCCGCUGGCUUGCACCGUCCAAGGCUGAGCAUCGAUGCUGCUGCAUCCGCCGAGUGCCAGUCCCUGAUGGGCUCCCUGAGUGGCUCCUUCGUCGGCAGCAUCCCCUCGGUGACCCCACGCCUGGGCAGCCACACCAUGGACUUCUUCGAGAUGUGUGCCAGCCUGAUCAUGGCCCUGGCUCGCUGAUGGGUGCUGGCGAGGCACCAGUCCCUCCGCACACGGUAUUGCACUGUGAGGAUCUGGUCUGACUUGUCUGUCCCUUGUUUCUUUUGCUUCAUUGUUCCUCCUCUGCCCCCUCCACUCCACUGUCUGUGGCAUGGAGCCAGGCCCAGACCCAAAACAUGCUCCCCUCUAACAAGGCACUGAGGAAAUUAAGAAAACUUCAUUUCACUCCUUGUGCUUGGUGAAAUGUAUCCAGUACCCCUUUUUUAUCUGUAGUCAACCCAAUGGGAAACGUUGGCGUGGCUGUAAAGUAGCAAAUGUAUCAAUGAGUUUUUGGAAAAUGCCUCUCCUCUGGUUCAUCCUGAGUUAAUGGAGCCAUGCCCAGGCUUCCUGCAAUGUAGACAGUAUGCUGGGAGGUCAGAGUUUCCAUGUUGCUGUGUAGAGCAGGGGCAUGAUGGGCUGGGCCAGGUCAGAGGGAUGGACCGGGAGCUACCUGAAAUGGAGCUGAGGGGUAAUGAAGUAGCUCUGCAGGUUCACACCAGGAUGUAGCCUCUGGUUACACUUUUCUCCCAAAAGUAGCAGCUACUUAGACGUUUCUGCACUAGUGCAAUAUGACUUCCUUCCCCUCUUCUCCCCCCUCCCCUCUAAAGAUGGGGAGGGAAAGUGGGAUGUGCAAAGGUCCUGUUGCAAAUGUGCCAUGGAGAAGUCUCCAUGUAUCAAGGCUUUGCAGAGGAGUGUCCCUAAGGUGCUUUAUUUCCUCUAAGAGCUCUGGACAGCACUGACCUGCUCACCACGUUCGGAGCUGAAGGCAGCUUGCCUUUUUUCCAGCUCUUAAUCUCCAUACCCAUCCAAACCCCCCACCCUCCCCACUUCACCACCCAUCUCCAGGGGCUGAAUUCUAAGCAGGGUUCAGGUGAGCCACCAAUGGAGGGCAGGAUGCCAAUCACUCACCCAAAAACCCAGUGCUUUGCCCACAGUUUGCCUAAGGGUGGGAUCAUCACUGCUGGGCAAGAGCCGGCAGCAUCGCACAGCUCCAAAGCAUUUACGUCUCACCUUUCUGUAGGAAACCUCUGCCUGCUGUCACCACCCUAAAAUCACUGCCAAAUCUGCCUUCCCUCCCUCCCCUGCUCACCUCUUUGUGCUGCCAGAGACUUGCUUUUCAUGCCGAAGGGCUCUCCCGUCCUGCUGCUGCCCACUGGACUGUGACCUUCACCACUCCGCUGAUAAGGCAGGGAUAUCCAUAUCCAGAGUUUUACUGUUUCUUUACUACUGGCUAUCUGAAGGAUAGGAUUUUUUUUUUUUUUAAGACAAACUACUGGGAUUUUUAAGGUUAAAUUCUUGUUAUUCAAGGGUAAACCCUAAAGCAUGUGAGACUUCUUUGUUUAAAAGAAUUAUUUUUUAUUACUCAGGCUUAAUCUAAUGGGCAGCGUUGGCAUCUGCUUGGCUUUGCCGUGGUAUUUAAUUCCAUUUGCUUGAUUGCAAACUAAUAGUCUAAUCAGUCAAGGAACAAAUGCUUUAUGAAAACUUUGCCAAAAAAAUCCUGGGUGGAGGGUUUGGUUUUGAUGUUUGUUUGGUUUUUUUUGUGUGUGUUCUGUUUUAAGAAACAAAGCAAAGAACUUUUGCUGGUCCCAGGUAUACAGUCAUUCAACUUGAAAAAAAAUUAAUCCAUCUUUUUGAUAGCUUCUUAUGACCCUUUGAGGGUUUUUGCUAGGUUUUUUUGUACAGUUGCACUUUAAUUUAUACUUUCUGCAAGUUUCUAUGAGAAGCAAGGAAGAGAACAACACAUUAAACCUUUUUUACUAAUCAUUUAAGGUAAUCAAGACAAAUAUGGGAUAUUUUUGCCAUCUACUGGCAGUUAAAUGGACAUUUUCAGCUUGAAGUCCCUUUUUUUUAAAGACACAAAAUUGCCUUACUUUUGUUACAGAUUGUGCUUGGGUUCUCGCUAACGUGACUUAAAUUUUUCCAGAAGUCGCACAAAAUAGAAAACUUCAAAAAAAAAAAAAAUCAGUUUUGCUGUUGAGCUCUUGAACAUUAAAUCCAACCCAGCAGUGGGUGGAUUAUAAACCCACAGCAGAACAGUUUUGUUUUUAAAAGAAAUAGUGGAAAUAUUUGUAGUUCUCCUAGGUUUUGUAAUGAGCCUUUUAGUAUAUUAUGAUUAUUAAAUAAAUACUCUAGGGUGGAGGAUGGCUUUGGUGCUGUGUCUGGUGGCUGUCAGAUGAUGUUUCUCCAGUGCUGUGCUGUGAGUAGGUCAUAUCUGGCAAGGAUGGACAAUCCAGGCUCUGCAUGCAAAAAAAAAUAUCCACCCCAGAGCCAAAGCUGAGCAGCACCCAGCCCUGUAGCAGCUUUUGGAUCACAGAAUAUUCUGAGUUGGAAAGGACCCACAAGCAUCAAUGCUGAGACAAGAGCAAACAGCCCUAAAUGAUUUUGGGUGCUGGAGAUAAGCCCCUUUGGAAAGGAGCACAAGAGGGCAGCUGAGCGGCCAUAGGGACAGACAUUCACUUCCAUCUGGGAAACAGUUAAGAGUAAAAUGUAUUUGGAAUGUAAAAGGCUUUUUAAAUCUUUACUCCCAACUGAGCAUCUUGCCAAAUUGCUUGUCCUAGAAACACCUGUAGCUCCCUUGAUAAGGGGCUGGUGCGUUAAAAUCUGGGGUUCAGAAGCAGGUAGAUGUACAGAUGUCUUUUUUCUAAACUGACUCUUGUCCUCUGGGAUUUUCUACCCAGCAGAACUAAUAGUAUUAAACAGCAGCAAAUACCCUUGGGAGGAAAUACGUGCUUCCUGGAGGCAGGUGGGAUUUCUAGGUGGUAGAAUAAGCCCUCGUGGCACUUGGCAUCUUCUCAGAGCCAUACAAACAUUAACUCCUAGGUGGGUCUGCAAAACCAGUCCUGCCUGGAAGGCAGUAGGAGUUAACUCAGUUUUACAUAUGGAGAGACACAAAGAGAUGAAGCAGCUUUCCUGCUCAGUGUCAGCAGAGGCAGAGGAGUGAGUAGGACUGAUGGAAGUAGCUCCUCAAAGAACACAUCGGAUUGAACUGUCCCUUACAGCCUUACCUAAAUCCAUGCUGCACUUUGAGAUACUCCUGAGAACUUUUUUUUUUUAAUUAUUUAUUUUACCUUCAAAUAGGCUGUUUUCUGUUCCCCAGCUGCAAAGAAGCUGCUGACCUCCAGUUACAUUUUCCAGAGGAAAAGUUUAACUUUUACACUGUUACACUGUGGUCAGCUCUUUUGAGUUAUGCUGGUACAUGCACAAGCAUCGGGAAAAGCAGGGUAGACGUUAUUUGAACUACAAAAACUUGAAUUAAUCCAAGUGCAAUUCUUCAGAAGCCACUGGACAGCUGUGCUUUGCAAGCCACAAAGUCACCCAAACUUCGCUUCAGCCUGAGAGGGAGAGAGACAAAAUGCAAAGGAUCUGGAUUUCAGAUAGGCUCUAGCAGUAACCUCCAGCUCCUGGAUGAAUUAGUUCAGAAAUAGCUUGUACUGUUCUUGUUGGAAAAGAUAGAUAUAUGUACACACACACACAUAUAUAUGUAUAAAAUGUAAGUAGCAUCCCUGACAUUGGCCUCUCAGCUUUAUUACCUAGCAGAGUAGGUGUGUGCCCUGGACAACUGCCAUCACACACACUAAUCCCAGCAUGCAAGAGGACCUGGAGAAAAGGGAUGCUAUUUUUACACCCUCUUUUAGGUAAAGCCCAUGAGUAGCUUAGCUGACCCCAUUGGACCCAACAUGGCCUCGUCUGGGGAUGGAAGGAGAGGCGGAAUCAGGAGCCAUGAGUAUCCUGCCCUUCCACCCUCCCCAGCCAAAGCCCUGGUGCUAAAGGGAUUUGGGGUAGGUUUAUUUUUGGGAGUUGGAGCUGAGCAGGUGAAGGCAGCGGGAUAUUUUUUUUCUCUUAAUGGGUCAGAAAUGCAUCUUCAGCUGUGUGUCCAGUUUAAGCAUUUCACAAGGUGUGUACAAGCACAGGGUUAUAUAAUAUAUGGCAGUAUUGUAAAAAAAUGCAUCAGCUGGUUAGUAUCUGUUGUAUAUACAUUUUUGCAUGUGGUUAUAAUGGCAUGGAUAUUGGAAUAGAGGAAUUUUGAACAAAAUAACCAUUCUGUCUACUCCUUUUCGUUUUACUGCUCUUUGCCAUCAGUGUGCACCCCCUGUAGAAGGAAGAGAGAUCUGUAUGCAGGACAUGAAAUCGUGCCUUCGCCAUACAUUAGAACUGCUGGAAGUCGCAGCUUUAUUUCACGAGGUGCACAAUUUCCCCAGCUCAUGCAGAAUUCCCCCCGGUGAGACAUGCAGGCCGUGUUUCUAAAUACUUGAAGUACCAGCCAUUUGUUGUGCAAUUAUUUGGCUUCACCCUUUUAUUAGCUGAGAGGAGAGAGGGAAGAAGAAUCACACAUCUGGAUGAGCCAAACAAAUCCCUGCUCCAGCUCCUGCAGUGUUUUCCUAGAAAGUUUUAGGCUCUGGUUUUGUUCCAGGUAUAUGAUGUACGUACUAGAGUCGCCUUUCUUAAGGUGUUACAUUGGUAUGGGCUUUCCAUUUAGUGUUUUCCUUUGGCUUCCUUAGCCCUUCCCUUAUAUAUCCCUUUUCAUCAUUUACUUAUAAAACAAGCAACAGCUUCUUGUAAUUCUGAAUUUCCAGUCUGCCUCCCGGCCAUGGAGUUAACGAUUCAUCCAGAAGGUACCUCACUCCCAUGCCCGAGAGAUGAACUGGUUUUCAGAAUUCCCACAUUACACCUGUUGACGGAACAGUGACUUUUGCAGAGAGCAAAUCUGGUAUUCGAUGCACAGAUCUUUGCUUAUUUUGAUCAUCAAAAUUAGGAGAACUGGACUGUAUAUCAGACCUCUACCUGCAAGCACGAGUACACUUUUGGUGUUACAAAAAUCUAUUUUCAACAAAAGCCUUGAAGUUCCUGCUGAAGCUGCCUUAAUUUAAAAAUCACAGUUUAUUUGUAAGAUUCAUCUCUGGUGUUGUUUUGGUUUUUUUUUUACAGUUUGGAAAUAGUUCACUUAUCCUCAUCUCACAAAGCUGUGAAGUAGAUACUGUAGACAUGGUAAUAUUUAUUCUCGUUGCUGAAAGCAUGUUCUGUAUCAUGUUAUAUUCACAUGUUUUGUACCUCAAUGCAUUUGUUAUGGUUUUUUUUUCUUUUAGAGCACAAAGCAAAACUGAAUCCCAGGAUAAUUGUAGUGUGCAUGACCCAGCUUUUGGGCAAACAAAUUUCAGCUCUAUGACAGAGAUGAAUGGUAUUAGUCCACUGUAGUUUUUUUAUUCAUACUCUAAGGAGUAUUUAUGAUUUAUAAUAUUAUGUAUUUAUAUGAAUAUUUCCGUUAAAAAUAAUGAACUUUUAAAAGCUCUGAGUAUAAGCAUCCCUUCAAACAUAUAAUUAACAUGAAACUCAGAAAAAAACCACCUGAGCUCUAUAAUUACUCCAUUAUUCUUGGUAUUUUCUAUUUUGUCAACUCAGAGACUGGAGAAGGUUUUGUUUUCAGAUUCAUGCUUUAGUACUUCUGGGGGUAGCUGUUGUGGAAGGGCCCAAAGCCUAGGUUCAGUUUUGUCCUUUGUGCAUUAGAUAAUCACAAUGAAGCCUUUUUCCUUCCAUUUAUGGUGUGGAAAGUGUUUCUCAGUGUACUGCACUGCAUGUGAUAGCUGUCUCCAUGGUUGACAUUUGCACUUUAAUAAACUCAGAGAUGAAAAGAGAU